ACAAAUUUUGGAUCAUGAAAUAAUAUUGAAAAAAAGUACAAAAAAACACAGUAACAUAUUCAAUUAUUUGUUUCAAGUUUCCAAGAAGGACAUCAUUGCUUUUAAUCAAGUUACUUGUGGAAAAACUAAAUUGUAAGAAGACAAUUUAAUUUGUACAUACAUAUUAUUAAAUAGAAAAUAUUAUCAAUCAUCAGAAAUAAGGCAUUUAUUGUUUGCAUAAUGAUUAAUUUUAGUGGAGGUGUAACUGAAAGUGUAAUAUUAUUGGCUUUUUAUUGCUGUACAUAGGAAAUCAAAGUAUCAGCUUGGAAUAGACAGACAACAUUUUAAGCUAUUAACCUUUGCAAAAGGCAAUUAUUGCUGUCAUUGGGUGCAAUAAACAGUGAAAUGAUAUUUUAAACCAUCAAAAUCUAGUUGCCAGCAUGUUGUCAUUGUAAUGUAAGUUACAAAUCUGCAACAUUAUACCACAAAGGAGGCUUUAAAAGUGUUUUUGAAUAAAAUCUUGCGAUGAAAACUGUAAUCAUUUAGAGAAAAUAGAGGAGAAAAAAACACCAAAACAUGAGGAUUAUAUUGAAAUCUCUGUCCCUUUGAUUUGCUGAGAUUUUAUCAAUAUCUGCGUCCUGUAUUGUAAAUGUGGAUGAGAACCAUGGUGGAUGUGUUUUCGGAAGAUUUCAUCGCAACAUUGGACAUACCUAUCACUUUCAAUCACACGUUCCUUAACCAUGACUUCUUCUCAGCAAACGUAUCAGACAGCACACCUUUUAACCACGAUUUGGACACGGACGAACAAAAGUAUGAAAAGACGUUGUUCAAUUAUUAUCUCAUGGGCGUCGCAGGAACAGCGGUAUGUUUUGCGGGCAUUGUUUGUAACAUAUUGUGCAUCCUGGUGCUGACUCGUCGUGUGAUGAACUCUUCCACAUAUUCGUAUCUCUCAGCAUUGGCCGUCUGCGACAUGCUCGCUCUGGUGUUGACAGUGACAAUAUUUCUUCUUAGUGAUGAUACCAAAUUUCCACAGAAGGGUUCACUCACGUGGGCAAAGGACUCUUACGCAAUAUUGUUUCCAUAUCUCCAUCCUAUGGCUGUCACAUUCCAGGUUACGUCCAUUUGGCUCACCCUCGGUUUUACAGUGGAUCGUUACAUAAUGAUCUGCCAUCCUUUUAAAGCGGAGCAUCUGUGCAGUGUUAGCCGCGCCAGAAAAGUCAUAGUGUUCAUAUACCUGCUAGGCCUCUUUUUCAACAUACCCCGUUUCUUGGAAUAUACAUCGGAAGAAAUCACGGUUCCAACGAUUACUGACGGAUGGGAAACACACCAAAUAGUUCAGUACACAAAUCUGGGUAAAAACCAAAUGUUUAUUGACUUUGUUCACUCAUAUAUGUAUUUAACGUUUGUAUGUGGUGUGCCAUUUUUAACUCUGGCAAUAUUGAAUGCAUUCUUAAUACAUGCAGUUCAGAUGUCGAAGAAAAAGGGGAGAAUGAUAAACGCAAAGGAAAAAAGGCGUAACGACACAACUGUGAUGCUUAUAGGUGUGAUAAUUAUAUUUUUAAUAUGCCAGGGACCAGCAUUAGUGUCUCGUAUGGUAUAUGCAAUCAACAUUAAACUCGCAACAUCCUCGCUAGCGUUUCACAAAGUCAAUGAAAUUGGGAACUUUUUGAUCAUCCUUAAUUCUGCUGUAAACAUUUUACCGUACUAUUUCUUCGGGAAACGUUUCCGCACGGAGUUCUGGCGAAUCUUUUGCAUGGUCUGUUUGUCUCACUAUCAACUGCGUAAGCUCACACGUAACCUCAGUUUCUCAAUUGACCGUCGGCGGCCUUCCCAGUGUAGUCUGGGAUACCAGUACGAACUCAACGGAAUAGCGCGGGCCAUAGUCCAUCGUGACAGCCACUUACCUUUGCUUCAAAACGGGAAAACAUUGCUCAGUAAGGAAGCUGGCCAACUUGAAGGUUUGACUGUGAACAAUUUCAGUUCGUCAAAAAUGGCUCGAAAGGAGAGUCCUGUUUCUCUCAGUGUGAUUCUGGAAACUGAUGACAAUAGGAAUGAAAAAUUCAUGUGUUAGUUUUUUAUGUAAGCUUGUGUAUUUAUGUUGUCUGUGAUUGAAUGUGUUCAAAUGGAGUGAAAUCCUAAAAAAAUAAAUAUUAUUCAUGAAUUCUGGAUAUGGUUGUUUUCUUUAAAAAAUAAACAUUUUAGGUACAGUUAGAAUUUCUUUUUUAGCAAUUUGUGACAAAAUAAAGUGUUAAUUCUUGUCUCUUAAUCUGGCUAUUAUUGUUUUCCUAAAAAAAAUAAAUUUUGGAUUAGGUAAGAAAUAUCUGUUUGUACAAUUAUAUAAUAGUGAUUAAUUGAAGUGAAGUCCUGAACAAUUCUUUGUUUGUUUUAAAAUUUCUUUUCUAAUUGUUGACAUGAUUGUUUUCAUUUUGCCAGUAAUUUUAAAUCAAGUAACAAAUAUCUGUUUGUACAAUUACAACAACAACAGCAUUUAUGCAGCAAUAAAGCUGACAAUAAAGCUUCUAGCCUACAAUGGUGAAUAUAAAUAUACUUCUGGUUCAAAUGAUUUUAUUUAUUAUUUGAUAAAGGAGGGUGCAAACUAUUAAUGGUAAUGAAUUUGAUUUAUAGUCUGAAAUCUAACAAUUUAAGUGUUUAGUUGUUAACUCAUGAUAAUAUUAACUUUAUUCCUAAAACUGUUAAUUAUUUGUUUAAAUACUUGAUUGUGUUUUAAUUAUCUUUGUUGAAGGUAAAUAGUUAUUGAAAGAAUCUUGUCAGAUCUUAAAAAUAUACUUUUUUGCGAGCUGCUUGUGCCAUAGAUGUAUGUUUUUCAUGCUCAAAAUGGAUAUUGUAAUUAAUAACAUAUUAUAAUUUGUUUCAAUUUAUUACCAUUUGCUAUUGAUUUUUCCAAUUUUGAAAAAUGUUGAGCUUUUUAAUAAAGAUGUGAAUUGAUUUUCUCAAUAAUAUUUUGAAAUGUUGCUUUGGGCAAUAUCUCUUAUUAUUAUUUUCUGUUGUAAAACACCGAAAGAAUUGAAAUUCAUUUAAUUAACUUUUGUAUUUAACAUAGUUAAAACACUUUUGUUGUUGUCAAACAGUAAAGAACAUAAGAAUGUAAUGCAAAAUGCAUGUAGCCUUUGAUUUAAUUCAAAUGAUACCAAUGCAAAAAAAUAAACUUUGUAAAUCUAUUUGAGAAAUCAAGGUCGGAUAAAUAUAACUUGCCAGAUAAGAAACUCUUGUGCACACAUUUGGUCUGCUGAUGUUAAUACAUUUUCUUUAUUUCACAUGUUUGUCAUGCAUAUUUGCAAGCUAAUACGGAAUAUUCAAUCAUAAUUAUUAUUUAAGGUACACGAAAUACCAAUGUGUUCAAAUUAAACGUUACAUCAAGAUUAACAGCUGUAUAAAUUGUAUGGCUUUUUAAUUCAAAUUUGCAAAAAAAAUCUAAGAUAUUUAGUUUUGAUUAAAUAGAAUUAUUUAAAUACUCAUUAAAUAUAGUUGUUCCCCCCAAGAAAGAAUGUUGAGUGGAGGAAAGGGGUAAAUGUGAGUUUUGAGAACUAUGUUGUUGAUGGAAAUUAUAUCAGAAGUUGUUUGUUUAAUUUACAAAUUGUCACUGUGGUCUGCUGGUGUUAACAAUGGCAAGAUAUAACUGUUAAUAUAUUGUUAGCUAAAAACUGUUUUUGUGACAGCCAUUCUCACUAACACAUUUCUAAUGAAAUUGCGAAUGAACGUAAUGUUUAGAUGGUCAUUUUGCCCAGUUUUAGCAGAAUUAUGGCCAUUAAACUAUUUUCCCACAAUAUAAUAUAUAGUCGUAAGUCCAAACAUUGUGUUGCAGGGCAUUCUUGUAACACAUUUCUAAUACAGAAAUGUUGACAUAUAUUUAUGUCUAGCGUCUAAAAAAAAGGCCUUGGCAAACAGCGUAGACCAAGAUGAGACGCCACAUGAUGAAGCGCCUCAUCUGGGUCUAUGCUGUUUGCUUAAAGGAAUUUCUGUAAGAAAUAUUCUAAAUAUAGAAAACAAUAUACUGGUCGUGUACGUAAUUCCGGCCUGUACGUAAAAAAUCGGCCACCUGUGUUUAAUCAUUUUCAUGAUCUAAACACACAUUUUUUUAUUAUUUUUAGAACAAUCAACUUGAAAACCAACCCUUAUCUCAAUAUUUUGCAAAUCAAAGAAGCAUAUCACUGUAAACGUUUGCAUUAAAAUGUCUCAAACAUAACACAAGAUAUUUCUCUCAUGGGAAAAGUGACGUCACUAAUUAUUGCAAAAAUUAUAUUCAUAUAAGAAACAAAUAUAUUUGAUAAAAUUAUUAUUAUUUCUAUCUGAUAAACUUUAAUUGAGGUAUUUUUAAUUAAUUGUAUAAAAACAUACAUUUAAAGAAAUCAGGACCUAAAUAUAAACUUUUAAUAUAUGAAUUACCUCCCUUGAUUUGAAUAUUAAUAGUUUACAUGUGGUAAAAUUAAAUAUAAGCGUUUACUAAAAACCGACACUAAAGUCAACUUUUUAAACAAAAUGUUUUUACUUUCAUAGCUAUGUUAGUAAAAAUUGAUUAAAACUAUAGAAAAUAAAUAUUUUUUAUAAAUUUGCAGUUCCCGAUUAACCGUGCAGGCCUGUUAAUAUUUAUUAUAAUAGGUAGGGGGAGUAACUGGUAUAAUAUUGUCGCAUAUUUUUUACGUUUCAAGUCAAAAAUUGUGUUUGUGUAAACCUUUAUUAAUACUCUUAAAACUAGGACAUUCGUCUAAAGAUAUUUCUUUGUAAUUGUACCUGCAGAUUAAACUGAAAAGUGGCCGAUUUUUUAGGUACAAUUGCCCUACGAAAAUUGAUAGUUUAUAUGUCACUAAUUUCUGUUCAUAAAAGUAACAUACACUGAUCUAAUUCUAAUGAAAUUUUCAUUCUAGGUGAGUUUUGAACCCAGGAUUAUAUAUGUGAAGAUUAGUUUAAACCAGUUGCCUAAAACAAAAGAUUUUGUAAAAAUAGUCCCAAAAGUGGCUGGAAUUACGUACUCGACCAGUACUUGACAUCCCAAUUUUUGGAAAUAAAUUUAUCCAAUUUAGAAGGAUGGGAGAGUCCACUAGGCAUAAUUGGGUUAAUAAAGAAUAAUAUUAGUGUUAAGUAUAUUUUUGUAUACAAUGUUGCACUAUAUGAAAGUUAUAACACACCACAUAUUAAAACAUCAGCUGAAUGUUUUGACUACGUAUUUUUUCCAGUUGCUAAUUAGAAAAUAUAAAAUUCUGUUGUAUUUGUUCCAGUAUUUAAGUAUUUACUUAUUCAUGUAAUCGAAAUAGUCAUAUAUUAAGUUUUAAUCUAAAAGCUACCAUGAAAAAAAAAGAAAUAACAUUUGUUCAACAUAAAUUAAUGAAAUUAUUGAGGAUAAAUUACAAUUUCAAUCCAGUGUACUGUUAUUUUUGUUUAGAACACAUUUUGUUUUAUUGUAUAUGAACACAUUGUUAUUUGUUGCAUAUGUCAUUGAUAAAAAUGCUAAAAAUUG